AACAAAAUGGCUGCUCAGACCUACAUUGCCAUCUCUGAGCUCCACCCUAACUUCUCCCACCCGACGGUGGCAGGGAUCAUCAUUGGGAAAACUGAUGUCAAAAGCUUUCCUGACAGAAAAAAUAUUGGUGUCGACAGAUUCACUUUUGGCUUCACCAUUAAGGACUCACCUGACUUCUUCAUUAAUGUGACGGCCUGGGGGAACGAUGGAUACAUCAACGGGCUCUCCAACAGCUUCGGCACCGGAGACUGUGUCAUCGUUGAAAAUCCUUUAGUUACCAACAAAGACCCAGAGAAAGGGGACAGAUUCUGUCCCACAACACCAAGCCUCUACAGGCUGCUGGUGUCGGAGGCUCAUUCCCAGGUGUUACUGUGUGCCGACACGGGCGCCCUCGACAGGCUGCUGCCACUGAUCCACCUGCCGGUGAAGGACUCCCGAGAUUUCUACUCUCUGGCAGACAUCGUUGCCAACGGGCAGAAGCUGGAUGGCACGGUGAUAAAUAUACUGGCUGCAGUGAAAUCGAUCGGAGAGCUGAAGCAGUUCACCACUUCAGACAGGCGCAAAGGGCAGAGGCUGGAAGUGAAGCUCUUUGAUGACUCUGUCUCUUCCUUCCCUCUCGUCUGCUGGGACAGAGAAGCCAUUCAGCUCGUGCAAACGUUGAUACCCAAGGAGACUGUGCUCUUCAUAGCCGAUGCAAAGAUUGGCUUUGACAGCUUCCGCAACGGCAUGACAGCAACCGUUAACUCGAAAACUAUUAUCACCGUCAAUCCUGACACAAGAGAGGCCAGUCUGCUGUUCAGCUAUGCUAAAGAAGUGUCUGAGUCUGGUGCUCUGGAUCAGGAUGAGAAGCCAGAGGAUGUGCCUGUGGAUUCCAUCACCGACGUGUACACAGUGAGCCAGCUGAAGCAGAAGGUCCAGGAGAACCCUGAAGCUUUCUUCGGCAUCACGUACAGCUUCAUCUCCAGGCUGGACCUCGACUCUUCUGUUUCAAAAGUCAUCAGGACGCGGUGCUCCAGGUGUAAGUUUCAGGUGACUGAGGACGCACAGAGCUGCACCAACCUGUUGUGUCCAGGGAGGGAUCAGGCUCUUUUAGCCGCCACAGGCUUCGACCUCCUGGUGGACCUCACGGACCACACCGGCACCCUGCGCGCCUGCAGCCUUAGGAGCUCAGUGGCAGAACAGACACUGGGCUGUACGACCGAAGAGUUUACACGUUUGACUGAUGACGAGCGGACCGCGAUGAAGUGGAAAUUCCUUUUGGAGAGAUGCAAAAUAUACGUGAAGAUAAUCCCUUCCACCAAACUGAAGACUGGGACCAGGGGGGUGGUCCUGGGCUGCUCAGUGGCUGACCCAGGAGAGGUGAAGCAGCACAUGUCCGCCCUGCUGCAGCGGCUGUGAUCACAGCACACGCUGACAGAGCAGGAAAGCUCGUAUGUUAUAAUCAGCUGCUUUACCUGCUGUGUGCGACUGUUCUGACUGAGAUGUUAACAAGAGAAAUAGUCAUUUUUACAUCUGCAAGAUUUGUGUUUUGUUAAUAGAUACAUUCUCUGUAGUAUUUAUUUAUUUAUUGAACGUAUUUAAAUAUAUAUGUUGAAGUUAAUGUACUGUUGGCGG